AUGUUGGGCGUCAGUGAGCUCCCUCUGCAGCUCCUGCCAUCCGGGCCCUCAGGCCGUCUCCUGCAGCCAUUCUGGGAUUAUAUGCGUCUCCACCACCUGCCUCUCAUCUCGUCUCCUCUUUUCCCCGUCCUACUGGCCUUCUUCAGCUAUUUAUUUUUCAGCAUACCUUUUUCCGUACUGAACCUCUUGGCAGAACGAGUUCCUUUCUUCAAUCGGUUCAAGAUCCAACCAGACAGGCGGCCAACAGUGGUCAUGAUGUCUAAGAGCUUCAAGACGGCCAUGUACAACCACAUAUUCUUUGUUCUGCCCGCUGGAAUCAUUUCCAUGUUCAUACUGCCGACACCAAUACUGCCACAGGGCGCUCCUACUCUGUAUGAGGUCAUCAUCGACGGACUGGCGAUACUUCUCCUCUUUGACACUCAGUACUAUGUUUGGCAUUUCAUACAUCACAAGCAUUCACAGCUUUACCGGUGGAUCCACGCAAUCCACCAUGAAUACACGGCGCCUUUUUCUUGGUCGACUCAGCAGCUCAGCAUCCCCGAGCUGAUGACUGUUGGACUCUGGAGCAACCAGGACCCACUUCUUUUAAAGUGUCACCCACUGACCACAUGGUGCGUCACAGUUUUCAGUAUCUGGAUGUCUGUGGAGGACCACAUAGGUUAUGACCUGCCCUGGACUCUGAACCACCUGGUGCCUUUUGGUCUGCUGGGCGGUGCGCCGGCUCAUGACAUGCACCACCAGAAGCCCAACAGCAACUACGCCCCUUUCUUCAGCCACUGGGACAGAAUCUUUGGCACCGCCGUUCCUCCGAAGAAAAAUACUUUGAGGAGAUGAAUGACGUGAAUGAUGUUAUUAUCAGUUAUCAAAAUUAUUUUAGCACCGUCAUAUUCAUAAUUCCUUCAAUCUUAUUUAUAUCUUUGAUAACUUAACUCCUUAGCACUUGCUGCCUCUUUACUGCUCCUCCUGGUUCUCUUUGUGAGGCUGUGUGAGAUGGAGAGUGUGUAUUAUGGCCUCUCGUUCAAAUCACUAACUUUAAAACAAGUCGUGCACUAUUGUUUUUGUGGAAAUGGCUGUUCUAUGCAGUUAAAUUCAUGUACAUGUCGACACCUUCAGUUAAUUAUUGUCCAUGCAAGUCAUAUGUGCAUAUUCACACUCCAUUCAGGUCAGGAACCAGCAGUAACUGGUAACACUGGCAAGCGAAGCAACCUCUUACAAUACAAACUUUGAAAGAACUUUAAAGCUUAGUUUAAACUCGCCGUAAUGAAUUCAGUCAUUACUGCCGGUGUGUGGGGCCCAGAACCCCAAAUCUCAAUCUAAGAUGGAGUGUUAGCUCGCAGACAUGUUGAGCCCCUUGUGAACCAUUUCCGUAAAUCCGCAUUUCUGCAGAUGGGAAUUACCCACAAUUAAUAGCAAUGUGACGUUCGGACACACUGGAAGCAUGGAGACUUAAAGAAAAAGGUAAACAAAGAGGACGACACAUGUGUUUUCAGCCUGGCCAAUUAGAUUUACUCGGAUAUUAAGGAUAACAGAUGGAAUAUACAAACGUAUGAAAUCAGAGAUAAUAUUGCAAAGAUUUAUUUAUGAAACAUUUAAUUUUGUUUUUGAAGCUGUUUUGACAAAUAAAACAAGUCAAAUAGAUUAUUUGACAAUUAUGAUAUGAUGCUCCUUUACUUGUCCCACAGUGGGGAAAUUUAAAAAAUCACAGCAGCGGUGCACAUCAGCAUCAAUGAAAAUAAAUAUAAAACACAAUAGGCUACUAUAAAACUAAAUACUAAAUACUAUCGAUAAUACUAUACAGGGGGGAAAUAAAGUAAAAUGCAGAGUUUGCCAGGAUCUCCAGCGAUCUACUGCAGUGUGUUGUGCAGCCUGACAGCAGCAGGAAGGAAGGACUUGUUCCUCUUCCUCAGACACCGAGGAGGAAUCAGCCGGUGGCUGAAGGAGCUGUGCAGAGCUGCGACAGUGUCCUGCAUGGGGUGGGAGGCGUGGUUCAUCAGGGACGAGAGCUUUGCCAUCAUCCUCCCGUCCCCCACCACCUCCACAGUAUCCACAGGACACCCAGCACGCUGCUGGCCUUCUUCAUCAGCUUGUUCAGCCUCUUCCUGUCAGCCACUGCCAUGCUGCUGCUGCUGCUCCAGAAGACCACUCCAUAAAAGAUGGCUGAUGCCACCACAGAGUCCAAGAAGGUCUUCAGGAGGGCUCCCUGCACUCCAAAGGACCUCAGCCUCCUCAGCAGAAAGAGUCUGCUCUGUCCCUUUUUAUAGAGUGCGUGGUCAGCCCAGUCCAGUUUGUUGUUCAGGUGAACACCCAGGUACUUAUAAGAUUUUACAAUCUCAAUGUCCAGUCCCUGGAUGCUCACUGGUACCGGAGGAGUGCGUUUACCACGGCGGAAGUCCACCACCAGCUCCUUGGUCUUACUGGAUGACCUCAUCUUGUGAGGAAAAGAUCCAUAAAUAAACUUUUUUUCUUCUUCUUCAUGAUAGCCUACGUUGCAGGAAAUUGUCCCAUUCUUGUUUAUAGCAUUUAAAGCCCUCACAGCCUCUCGCACUUUCACCAGAUGACGUCGCUAAAUCGGGUAUAGCGCUUUAGGGGACAUUGGGACCGGGCCACCGGGUUAAACUCGUUGUCACUUAGAAACUUUUUUUUGUGUCUUCGUACACACUCGCGCGCCGGCGCCAAACUCCACUAGGCCUACAGUUUUACUCAGCAAUAUUUGGCUUACAAAUUCCACUAAGAUAUAAGAAGCUUUUGAACGAGACAACCAAGUACUGUUUGUUGGUCACGUCACCAAGAGGGCAAGUACAAUAAGAGGAUUUAAGGAAAACACACAUCUGAGAAAAUGCUAAGCUUUGGCUGAAAAAAACACUUGGAUGUAGAAAUCAUGACGCAAGAUUACAUAGCAAAAAGUUGAUUCAAAAGAAAAAAAUAUGGGAUUAUUACUUAAUGUUUUGAGAGUCCAAUCAUGAUAAUCUGGAAACAAGGCUCACUUGGUAUCUCAUGUGUCCAUGGCAACUGAGCAGCUCUGAGGAAGGCCAUGACAUGUGGCUGAAAGCUGCGGGUACCUUAUGAUGAGAUAUGUUUUUUCUUUUGGUUUUACCUAGUUUGGUUCACAUAUCUCCUUCAUAGCCUUUGGGCGUGCUCUGUCUAUAAAUCUGUAUAUCCAAUCUGCGUCAACAUUAUUAAUAUUAUCUCCUUCAUUUAUUAUAUUAAGCAUUACAUUAUUUUGUAUUCAACAUUUUGUAAUGACUUUAGUUUCUUGUUAUAAAAGAAAAUGCAUUGUCAAUAACACACAAACAUGCAACAAAUAUGAUUCAAUACAUUUAUUUGUCUCAGAAAAUAAAAAACUAAAAACCAAUGCUAUUUAAAUUUUA